UGGCUUUCCCCCCCUAUAGAGGAAGUGGCAUGGUCGAUAAAGGAAUGUGGAGCACAGUGGGUAUUGACUUACGAGGCUGCCCUGGAGAAGGUGGAUUCUGCAAGAGCUCUCCUACCCCCGGGCACCCUCCGUCAGGUGUGGUACCUCACCCACAAUAACCAGGGUGACCAUGGUAAUCAUCAUGCAUACACAAACAAUGCCGGCUCUAUCACCCAGCUCCUUCAGGCUGACCCUAUUCCUCCCAAGCUGUUGGGUGUGGAGUCUCGCCGGACCGUGGCCAUGAUCUUCUUCUCCUCGGGGACCACUGGAAUGCCGAAGGGCGUGAUGUUGUCCCAUACCAACGUAACAGCGCCACUUGUAAACAUCAGGUACAUAUUCACGCUGAUGGGAGAGCAGGGAGAGAUGCUGGCCAAGGAGGCCUACAGGAUGAUGCUGUUGAUGCUGCCGCUCAACCACAUGUAUGGUUACGCCAUGAUGAUGACCAACCUCUACAUCGGCGGCACUACCCUCCUCCUUCCUGGGUUUUCACCUGAAAAGUUCUUUCGUGCGAUUGAGAAAUAUAAGGUGACAGCGUGUCCCAUGGUGCCACACAUCGCGAGCUUCCUGAAGGAGACACCGCUCCUGCGCCACCACGACCUCAGUUCCCUGGUGGCCGUCAGCUCCUCCACCUCCACCGUGUCGGCCGCUCUGCACGAAAGCUUCGCCAAGGAGACAGGGAAAUCCUUGUCCUCUGGCUACGGCAUGACUGAGGCGGUCAACAUCGCCACCAACGACCCUAUAUAUGGCUUCUCCCCAGGCUCUGUAGGUCGUGUCAUGCCCUACAUGCAGGUCAAGAUAAUAGACGUGGAGAGCGGAAAGAUGGUUGGCGAGGGGGUGGAGGGAGAGGUGUGUGUACGAGGUCCCACCAUGAUGCUGGGUUACGUCAACAACCCAGCUGCCACCGCCGCCUGCAUUGACUCUGAUGGCUGGCUUCACACAGGGGAUCUCGGCUACUACACCCGAGACGACUUCCUCUUCCUCACAGACAGGAUAAAAGACCUCAUCAAGGUGAAGGGGUACCAGGUCUCGCCCAAGGAGGUUGAGGAUGUAUUGGUGACAGUUGAAGGAGUGAGGGAGGCGGCGGUAGUGGGGGUGCCAGACGCAAGAACAGGGGAGGCGCCCAGGGCCUACGUGGUGCCCACAGCCAGUGCCACUCUCUCCCCAGCUUAUCUCCAGCGAUAUGUCGCAGAGCGAGUGGCACACUACAAACGACUAACGGGAGGCGUGGAACUGGUGGAUGCUCUGCCCAGGAACCAGUCCGGCAAGGUUCUUAAGCGCCAGCUGAGGCAAGCCUUCCUCACCUCCCGCUCCAAGCUCUGACCUCCCUCUCCAUAGUAGCAAAGCUCACCCUUCACAACAGAACCCCAAUCUUCCUCCAAGCUCUAAAUCUUCAUUUUCAGUGGCAAGGCACAUUUUUGACAAAGAAGGAAACCCAAGUCCCACUUCAGUCGCUCUUUUCCUUCUCGUGAGGAACGAAGUUCCCUUUUACUCACUACAACACUCCCCCUCCCCCCCCCCCAGGUGACAGUAAUAGUUGACCAUCAUUACAAUUACCCCCCCCCCCCUCUCCAGGCGUGUGAAAUGAAGCAAUUAGUGGGACAAAAUUAUAUGGACAGAAUGUCUGAUAUCUCCAUCUACAGUAGCUACUUUCUACUUCUAGAUCUGGAAUCAUCCGGACAACAGUUAUCAAUGCCGUUUCAAUCUAAGCUAACUAUCGACAGUAGCUACAGGUCAUGCUUGCUCUAGACAUUGAACUCUCUCUUGAACGUAGCAAUAGACAUCUUCCGAAUCUAAACUUGACAUUCAACAGAAAAUAUAGACCCAGUCCCGAGCCAUGAAUUACCUAGACAACGGCAAUAGUUACUGUCUAUUUUGAAGCUCUUCGUGUAAGUCCCUCCAGUCCAUGCCAAGCUCUAGGUUCUCCAGUAACAAAAACUACAUCAUUCUUUCGCACUUCAGGAUCUUGCCUUCCCCUUCAAGCGUACCAACACCUUCCCCUAGCUAACAAUUCUCCUUCGAAAGCAAGCAUCAAUACCUCUCCAAGCACUCGAAGCCCCAGGACCCCAUACCCAAGCUCUCCGGGCACUCGAAGCCCCAGGACCCCAUACCCAAGCUCUCAGGGCACUCGAAGCCCCAGGACCCCAUACCCAAGCUCUCAGGGCACUCGAAGCCCCAGGACCCCCAUACCCAAGCUCUCCAGGGCACUCGAAGCCCCAGGACCCCAUACUCAAGCUCUCCAGUGCACUCGAAGCACCAUCAACAAUAUAUCUUCUUUGGCCCCCCAGCCCCACGAACCUUAACACUAGCAAUACCUUUCAAUCCAUUCCAUGAAUUAAAAUCCAACUCAAUAGUAGCAAUAGCCACCACUGUACCUCAAGUUUGAGCUCCUCUUUGACAGCUCCAAUUUGUUCCUUUCCUAUCCUAAAAAGCUAAAUGCUAGGAAGAGACCAAAUCUCCUGGAAUAAAAAAAAACACAAUUUA